UGUUUUCACUUACCAGGUUUAAACUGCUAUUCAACGGUGAAUCAUAGCAGUCUUGUUCCAAUGACGAAGGAGAAUUCUGGGGUAAAGGAAGGAUUCUAAAGGCUUUGCUGGCAAGACUCAUGUGAGGAUCUGAGAGAGGCGGGAGUGCAAAAGGGCUGCAAAGUGAAAUAAGAAAAGGAAAGAAACGGGAGAUUUAAACCACAAGCAAAUCACUGCUGCUGCUGCUGCUACUGCAAUGAACUGGCUAGAAGAACCAAACUGGAGGUUUCACGUUUCCCUCCUCAUGCUGCUCUCGAUGCACACCAGGGCAAACUUUCUAGACAGCAGGCCCUUGAGGAGUUCCGGGAAGGUGAACAUGGAAACCAGGAAGGAGGAUAGCGGGAGCACAGCAGCAUCUCCUCCCCAGAAGAAGCUGUUUUGCCAUUGCCAUCACUACUGCCCCGAAGAGUCAAAAAACAACACUUGCAGUACUGAUGGCUUUUGUUUUGCCAUGGUAGAAGAUGAAGACUCUGGAGGGCAGACUUUCACCACAGGCUGUAUCGGGUUAGAGGGUUCUGACUUCCAGUGCCGGGACACACCACUGUCCCAACCGAGAAGAUUAAUUGAAUGCUGCACAGAUCAGGAUUACUGUAACAAAGAUCUUCACCCUACGCUGCCACCACUGAUAAAAGGAGGUUUGGAAGAGGGAAAUGUCCAUCACAAGGCCUUACUGAUUUCAGUGACCGUCUGUAGUGUCCUCCUAGUGCUUAUCAUCAUAUUCUGUUACUUCAGGUUUAAAAGGCAAGAAAGCAGACCUCGGUACAGCAUCGGGCUUGAACAAGACGAGACUUACAUUCCACCUGGAGAAUCCUUGAAAGACCUCAUUGAACAGUCUCAGAGCUCGGGAAGCGGUUCUGGGCUCCCUCUUCUGGUGCAAAGGACUAUAGCAAAGCAGAUUCAGAUGGUGAAACAGAUUGGUAAAGGUCGCUAUGGAGAGGUCUGGAUGGGGAAGUGGAGAGGAGAAAAAGUGGCCGUCAAAGUUUUCUUCACGACCGAGGAAGCCAGUUGGUUUCGAGAGACGGAGAUCUAUCAGACUGUUCUGAUGAGGCAUGAAAACAUUUUGGGCUUCAUUGCUGCGGACAUUAAAGGCACAGGGUCUUGGACUCAGCUGUAUCUUAUCACGGACUACCAUGAAAAUGGAUCCCUGUACGACUACCUGAAAUCCACUACCUUGGAUACAAAAGCCAUGCUGAAGCUGGCAUAUUCCUCAGUCAGCGGACUGUGCCAUUUGCACACUGAAAUCUUCAGCACUCAAGGCAAGCCAGCUAUUGCCCACCGGGACCUCAAAAGCAAAAACAUCCUGGUGAAAAAGAAUGGAACUUGCUGUAUAGCAGACCUGGGUUUGGCAGUUAAGUUUAUUAGUGACACAAAUGAGGUGGAUAUACCACCGAACACCAGAGUGGGUACAAAGCGGUACAUGCCUCCUGAAGUCCUAGAUGAAAGCUUAAACCGGAAUCACUUCCAGUCAUAUAUCAUGGCCGAUAUGUACAGCUUCGGACUCAUCCUUUGGGAAAUAGCAAGGAGAUGUGUUUCAGGAGGUAUAGUUGAAGAGUAUCAGCUUCCAUAUCAUGACCUUGUUCCCACUGACCCUUCAUACGAAGACAUGAGAGAAAUAGUAGGUAUCAAGAAGCUACGGCCCUCGUUUCCCAACAGGUGGAGCAGUGAUGAGUGCCUAAGACAAAUGGGCAAACUCAUGACAGAAUGCUGGGCUCACAACCCUGCUUCUCGGCUCACAGCUCUGCGAGUGAAGAAAACUCUUGCCAAAAUGUCAGAGUCACAGGACAUUAAGCUCUGAUUCGGCUGAAGAAAGGCACCUCUUUGCUAAAUCUCAGAAAAAUGGACUUUCCUUCAUGUUUCAAAGAGACAGGAAGAGGAAUUACAAGACUUCGCUAAUAUAAACCUUGAAUGCAGUCUUUCGGCAAAUAAUCUUCCACUCCGGCGCAGAGGUCAUUCCAGGAGAAAGAAAGCAACGCGGCUCCAUCAAGUUUGGCUCCUCAGCUGCCGGAUGAGAAGACCUUUGGCCUCUUUUGGAAGCGGUGGGAGAAACAGUUAUCGAUAACUGCUUCAAGAUUAUGCAUGCUGCUUUCUGUGAAAGCCCCUAAUGUUAUUAAUAUUAAUAUUAUUAUUAUAUUUGGACUGUUUAAUUUUCAUAAAAAUGAACCUUUGCAAAUACAAAGUACAAGAAAAGAAUUAUAUUGUUACUCUAAAGCGGAGUGGGGGUGGAGGAAAGUCAAGCAAAAUUGCAUCUGAAGUCUAAAACAAAUUGGUUAUGAUUUCCUGCUGAUGAAAGACUGUUGCACUCCCAAGGCAACACACUAUGUUGUGAAAGAAAAAUAUAAUAGAAAUAUAAGUGAUCGCCUAUACAAAUUUGAUUUUGGGCAACAUAUAUGACGUGGUGUUCUGAUUAUUUUUUUGGACUACAACUCCCAUCAUCCUACUCUGGCUGAGGCUGUUGGGAGUUGUAGUCCAACAACAUCUGGAGGGUACCAUAUUGGCUGUCCCUGAUGCAAGCUGUUCCUGAUAGAUAGACCGCAUUCUCGAUGGGAAUCGGUAGAUAUGCUACCAAGCAGUUUCUUGUGCACAGUAGGCCCAAUGAUCCAUCAGUGUCCCUUGUAUAAGCCCUUCACAUUUCAGGUUUAUUAAAGCAACACCGUUAAAGGCAUCUAAGGUAAGGAACAUUAGAUGUGAAAGGUGGAAGACAAUGGAAAAAACCCUAAUCAAGCUCAAGUGAUACCAAGCACCCUUUACCUUCUAUUAUUUGGGGAAUUUUUUCCUGGCAUUUUACACGCAAAACAAUAAUUCUGAAAUUGGUGUGAAUUAAAGUUUGGUAGAAUAUGGUGUUAUACGCACUAACCUUUCCUUAAGGCAAAGUCCCUGAUUGAUGAAACGGCUGACCAAGUUGCAUUGCAUACUGUUUGCCUUAAGAGAAUUAAGAAAAUGAAGAGUAUUGACAAAAGGACGCGCUCUGUUCAGCGUGCGCCUGGAAAUGGUAACUUGCCACUAACGGGGUAGAAGAAAACUGCACUGUGUUUCUAAACACAUGUAGGUGAGCAUUGCUUUGGAAAGGAGGGGUUUUUAUUUUUUUAUGACUUCUCAAAAAUAUAAUUUCCUUUUUAAUUUUAAAAGGAAAUUGAGAGAGGUUUUUCUAAAGUGAAGGGGAUUUUUAUGUAUUGGAUUAUUGGCCCACAUGCUUUAUGGGAGCAGAACGUUUUCUUUUUUAAUUAUUGUUUUAAAAAUCAGAUUCUACUGGAGGAGUACUGAAUUCCCAGGUUUUCUCCUCUGCAAUUCUAGUCAAAGAAGCACUCACUGAGACUCCUAUUUUGGUUUUGAGGUGAACUUAUUAGGUAUUUUGCAUGCACAAGGAGUUGGGGGACUCUUCUUCCUCCUGCAGCACCCAGUUCCCCAGAAUGUGAGUUGGCACACCCUCCAAAAUUUGGCAAGUUUCCAUAUGCAUGCAGAAGGCCUUUUUGCUUGCAUAAGGGCGCUUUCAGUCCUGUCCUACCUUCAGAACCUUCCCUGAAUCCCCUGAAUUUGGCCUGUCUUCUGUAAGGGCUACCAUGUUGUUGUUGUUUUAAAGUAAUACACUAAAGAAAUAGAACUAUAAAUGGGAUAAAAUAAUUUGUAGCAUCAUAGCUAGCAAAAUAUGCUAUGUGUAUUCCUCCAGUUACAAGUUUUAAAAAACAUUGCAAGUUUUUCUUAAAGGCACACAUAAUUAUCAAACAAAACUGCAUAAAAUUCUGACCAUGAAGUUCUAGGUUGCUGAGCUGUUUUUCACUUUGGAAAAUUAAAUGUAGGUUUGAAUUGUUGAGCUGUUAUGUUAUAUUUGUCAUUUGACAGUCCCUUUAAGGUUAUUUUGAAGCCUGCAGAGGGCACUGUGCAGCUUCAGAUUCCCAGUGCAGUGGGAGCCGUAGGUUGUUGUAAGUUGGAAGUGCAUACCCUCCCCAAAGAAAAUCCACUUAAAUAGGCUGGAUUCCACAUGCAUAACAGUCAGUGCUCCCUCUCUCUUUGCAAGGGUAGUGGAAGUAAGAAUUUAAGACGCUGGGAAAAAAGUAUACUGUGUGAAGUUAAUUUUUUGGUGCAAAAUAUUGGAGCUGACUGAUAGAUUGAUGCAGUUUCAGACUCUGAACUUCAGAGAGAAAUAUGGAUGGAUGGGGGAGAUAUGUAUUUCCCCCUGACAUAAAAGUUUAAGGCUGUAGUCCAGUGGCUCCUGGGAGGGUAUUUCAGAGGCCAAAUGAUCUCCCUUGCUGACGUCAGAGAGCAUACUCUUAAUAGUGGAGCAGGAGAUCCAGUUUCAGAUCCAAAUCCAAAACAUCUGAACCCCUGGCUGACUGAAUGUUGGAAUUCCAACACUGAAAGGCCCAAUGGGACAAAAGCUGUUGGAGACUUGGGACCAUCAAACACAUUGGAAGUAGGAAUCCAAUGCUAUCUCAGCCACUUGACACUCAUGAAUUGGACAGAAAUACAGAUUAGCUCAGGAGCUAGUUUAAAUCUCUUUCACUGAUUUCCUUUCAUGCAAUCAGAAAAGCAUUUUAAGUUGCAGAACCGAAGAGCAAAGGCGUGUCUCUCCUCCCUCGCUCCUACCAUGCCUCUUGAGAACCUGGUAGGGUUUUAGAUAAGAUAGUUCAACCACCUUUGGUUUCUACCUAUUCACCCUCACUUUAAGAUUGCAGCCUAGGUGGGUAAUAACAGAAGAAUUUCCACCUCUGAUCCCUCCUGUAAGUAUCGUACAGGGAGCCAUCUGUAAAGAUUCCUUGCUCAAGCACAGCCACAAACCCUCCACAUACUUCAAAACCUGAAUGGGCUUAGUGCUGCAUGCAGUUAAGCGUGGGUGAUUCUCAUCGAUUUGGGGGUAAUUUAUGGGCUAUUCUGAAAGCAAUUUGACUUCUGGAGCCAUUAGUUGUUUUUACAUGAACAUUUCUGUUCCAAAACAGAGUCAAUCAUGCACAAAGCUAGUUUCUUCAGAAGUUGUCCUCUUCUUUCUCUUGGGUGCCUUGUGUCUUGACAGGUGGCACCAUAAAUCACCUCUGCCUUCAGUGGUGAUUAGUUAAUGGAGGUUAAGAAUGCAUAGCACUAAGGAGUUUUCUGACAUGGCUGGGACCGAGAAGUGGGGAAAGCCCAUUUAAACUCUCACUGGAUGAGAAAUGGGAGUCCACAGGAUCUCCCUUCCCAUACCAUCUUUAAAAAUGGAUGUCACAGCUCUUCCCUGUUGUGCAGUGUGAAUCCCACCCCCGUAUAUUUGGAGUAACUUUGCUUGCACUUAACAAUUAUGAAAACAGCAAGUUUCUGCAAUCAUUGAAAAUUUGAAGAUGGUGCCGCUUAAGCAGAUAAUGUAAAAGUGAUUGCUCCUACUCACCCAAGGAAAGCUGGAUAUUUGUCUCCAGCACAAUAUUUGCAGCCAAAUCAUAGAACCCUGAUAGCGGCUAAAAUGGGAUUAGAUGGAUUAUGUGUGCUGUUCAGUCUGUGGUAAGCCAGUCACACAAUUCACAGCCACCAGAGUUCCCAGAAAGUGAUUGAGCAUUUGGGUGGUGGUUGGGGGGAUGAAUUUGCAGUGAGAAUAGUUGAAGAUUGGCAGACAACAGAUCAUAUUGCCUCACCAGCAGCUGAACUGCAAAAAAAUGGGCAUGUGCAGUCCCCAUUAUUCAAUUCAGACUGAAUAAUUAAAAUAAUUCCCCCCCCCUUCUCAUUUUAUUAAAAAAGGAAUUUAGGACUUUCUUUUCCUUUAACUUGAGGCUGACUCCACAGAGGGCACAAAUAAUUUUAUUUCACUAUGAUUCAAACACAGGGCCUUAGUAGUUACCUGAGUUUUUGGAUUUUCCAAAUACUUUAAAGAUGCAAAGCCUUUUCUUCUAUGGUUCCUGAAGUAAAUUGACUUUUGGAUGCCAGGGUCCAUAAGCCCUAUAUUCUUAUUUUUAAAAAUAUAUAUAUAUAAAUCUGUUGAGAUGUUCAGGUUUGCAUUUUAAAGAAAUAUUUGUGUGUGUCUGUGUGAAAAAAUAUAUAUAUCACAGUUGGGAGUGAGGUCAACCCCAUUAUGUGGAUCUAGAGUAAAAUAUUACAGAUGAUGAAGCACUAAGCGAAGUGUUUAUUUAUGAAAACAUGUAGGCUGACAAUUCAUAGUGACAAUGUAAUAGGGAAGAAGAGAGGCAUUAGUACUGGAGUGAAAAGGGCAUAAUGACAUAGUUUGUUUGCUUCAGGUUUGCUGCAAGACUUGGAAGGGCCUGUUUCCCCCUUCAUCUCUUACGUUAGCUUUUCUGAAGUCAGAUUUUGCAAUGUGGUUGUUCAAAAUGACAGAACGCAUCCUUAGCCAGUGUUGCAAAUUGGCUUUAGCACCAAUAUUUUAUUUGACCACAUAGUUAUUCACUAAGAUUGCCAAACAGUAAUUCUUCUGUUCCAGUAGCAAUUUGAGCUAUGAACCUUAAAGAUGAUGUCCCUGUUGGCCACUAGUCUAAGAAUUCACCAUUUUUUAGGUCUUCAAAUAUCUGACAUAGUUAAUAGUUAAAUAUAGACACCAGAAUUUUUAAAGGAGAGCUUUUCAGGGAAAUAUAGAUUAAAAUGUGUAGCCUGUGAAACUACCUUAAUGACAUUUAUGUUGGGAAGAGAGGAGACCAAGGAGAACAAUAAUCUUGCAACUGUUAGUCCUUUGCUGACACAGCACAAACUUUCUUUUGAAGAAUGGUUGACAAUGUAAUUUUUUUCUUGAUACUGAUUUGUGUUCUUUUUUGAGAACCAGUGCCUUAUUCAAUCUGUAAAUACUGUAAUUGUUAAAAAAGAAAGAAAGAAAGCACCAUCUAGGGAACAAGCCUGUAUUGUAAUUGUUCAAAGUGGUAUAUGUCUGUCUUAACAUUCCCUAAAUAAAGCGUUUUAAGCUCCCUGUUUAAAAACAAAACAAUUCUC